GUGUGUGAGCUCAGAUGAUGGAGAGAAAAUGAGAGGGUGUGUAUUUUGUAUAUUCAGAGCUGUCUAAAGCCUGCGCUCUGUACUGUAGCUUGAGACUCUGUUUGGACACUACUGAGGUUCCCUACUGAGACACACAGCCAAACAAACUCACUAACAGGAUGGGAUUCAGGGUGAGCUUGUUGCUCCUCGCUCUAGCCGUGGUUGUCGUGUCGGCCCAAAAGAAACGCCCUGCUAAUAAGGAAUGGAACUACCGUGAUGGAUCUGAGAAAGUGAGCAUGCGAGGUGUCGCCAAUUUGACUCAGGUGCUGGAUGACUGGAGGUUUGAUAUCAUGAACCAGGUGAAGAACCUUCUGCAGAACGACCACCAGGCCUUGUUGCCUGAUUAUUCCAGGAUCCAGCCUCUGUCUGAGGCUUUGGAUGACUUGUACAAGGAGUUCAACGCCUUGAAGACCCACCUCGGCGAGCUGACGGACAAGUUCACGGCCAUCGAGACCUUCAUCGACGAAGUGAAGACAGAGAAAGCCAACACCGCUGUCGUCGCACCCGUCGCCGCUCCUGUCACUCCGGUGCGAAGGAGAGUGGUCAAGACUCGCACUCCAGCUUCCUGAACACGUCGAGCUUCGAAAACUUUCCGUUAGAGCUGCAUCUUGUUACUGCAUGUUGCUGGGAAACAGGUAAUACACAAAAUGCUGAACAAGCCUGAUUUCAGGUUGCAAGACAAAACAACAAAACAAUAAAUAAAAAAACAACAACAACAACACCACAAAUAUAUAUACACAUCUAAGACGUGUAAGUUGAACGGUUUAUAUAUUGAUUGUAUUAUUUAUAUACGCACAUAUACGAUAUCUAUUAUGUCACGACUCAUUGUAAUCGCAUUAUUUCUAACGCAUGAGCUGAAGUAUUAGGACACAAUUGUACCUUUAUCUCUCUCUCUGAGCAUUUCUUUCAGCUCAUGAUCUGAUCUAAGCUACCAAUAAAAGCCAAUGAUUGCA